CAGGUGCGUUGAUGUUGAGACAGGGUGGAGUAGACGUGGAUGAGUGUAAUGAAAUAUUUAUUUACGUUAUCCCCACCAGAAGAUGGACUCACCCAAGCGGGUACAGACAGUCUUUCACUGACUGGUCUGAAACAGGGCAAUCAGACAUUGAUGAUGUUGAGAACAGCAGUGAUUUUGUCUCUCGUCGCAGUGACGGGGGCGUUUCUGUACGACUCCAGCGGAAGUUUCUGUUGCAACCCACCAAAGUCAUUGGAAGAGAAGAUCGAUAGAAUCCUUGACUUCAACGACAAUGAUGGCGACGGAAUCAUGACCCCCCAGGACCAAGACCGUGAUCUCAUCCUGUACGACAUCAACGACGACUGCAGCGUGUCACGGUUUGAGUGGGCAGCUGUGUGGUCAUGUCGUUAUGGAGACACGCCAGACAAGGCAGUCGAGAUUUUCAACAUGAUAUCACAGGGUGAACCAUCCAUCAGCUUCAAGACAAUGAGAGCGACCGCACAGAAUACUACAAGAGCUGAUUUCGAAACGCGCGUUAGAGCGUUCUACUCUGAUCCAGCCACACCCAGGCGAUGACCCACCAGUCACUCAAGACAUUAACCGCCUAUGCAGACGUGUGUACCUUUGUAAACAAGAGCAAACAAACACCUUUCAUACGUUA